AUGGAACAUAGAUCGCUGGGCAAGCGUCGCAAGCUUGACGCGGCGGUGAACAAGCCAUUCAAAUCGCCGCUGAAAACGAUUGCGGAACAGAGUGGCGACCGACAGGUCCCCUCACCUUCAGUGAUAUUACCAAAAGGCGCCAACGAGAAUUAUUCGAGCAUCACAUCCGUGACACCGUCGCCGUCGGAGUCAACAUCAUUUACACCUCUCAAGAGCCAUGUAAGACUGCACCAAGGGAAAGCCAGGCCGUUUGCUGCAUCUGCAACAUCGUCAGAUCCUGCCGUGUCUCUUGAAAUCCAAAAUACGUCACAUGAAAUACGUGUCUUGGAAUCAACCAUCUUAAAAACGCGUCAAGAUGUCGACACUCUCGAUCAAGCUUUGCGCUUGACAGGGUCGAACAAAGACGCCGAAUUAGACGAACUGACAGCCAAAUGGCGCAAAGCCGCGCGUGAAGCAGCGGAGCUCGUCUUCUCCGAAGUGAGGGACAAGGUCUUCCGUAUGGGUGGCGUGCGCGCGUGGCGUGAAAGACAGCGAGAAAUGGCCGAAUACAAUAAGUGGGAUGAGCCAAUCAAUCACGUCGACGAGGAGGUCUACGACGAGAACGGAGAUCUCGUUGAAGUCCGAAAGGUCAAGAGUGAAGGACAGUUUGAAGAGGAGUGGGAGUAUGACGCGAGAACGAAAACAGAAAAAGAGUACGAAGAAGACGGUGGCGAUGGUUACAGCGACGACGAUAGCUUCACAAUGGACAUGAUGCUCAAGAUGCUCAACAUCGAUCUCAGCGUUAUUGGUUACGACAAAAAGAGGCAGAGAUGGAUUGAUUGACACACCAUCACGCAAACAGACCAUGCUAUUUCAGCCGUACAAACGCAUCAGCCUUUGGGCAUCAGCAAAGACUGUUCUUUGGGCUUUGGGAUGAAUGUGACUUUUUGCCAAUUCGUCCGUGAACAGAAGCCCUCCAGAUUGACCAAGCCCCUCGCAAUACCUGAUGUACACGAUCCCAGCACAUCGCAAGAAGGCAUUUGGGGCCCAUUCUAUUGAUGCCAGCAGAAUUCAUGCCGAAGCACGAAGUAUAAAUUGCUCUAAUGUAUGGACAAGGUGACCCCUUCAGAACUAGACGACCUGAAUAUUGGCCUAAUCUGCUCCGCUCGUGCCAUCCAUGAAAGCAAGAUAAUUGGCGAAGGUGUUCCUUGACUUCUCUAACAGGUCUCUUCCAUCCUGCUUCCAUCGUAAGACACCAGAUUUGAGAUCGGCACUGGUUGGAGCUGUACUGGCCUGGUGGAUUUCUAACUGCAGCGGGGGGUUAUAUGCUUCCCUGUUGGUCAUGAUGCGAUUGAGGAUGGAUUACAUGUACAUGCUGCCCUACGACUAUCGCGAAUCACAGAUGGUUUUGAGCGUGUUCGUGCAUUUUGCUCUUGUACCUGACGUUCAUUGAUGUCCGCAGGGAGACCGGAGGCGUUGAAUAUUCUUCGCCAAUGUUAAACGUACAGACUGGGUGGUUUGUUCAGAUGAUGGCAGCAUGUGCGAGUCACAUCAGAUUUGCGUGACGAAGACUGUUGACGUGGACAUGUGAAAUGGGAUCAACGGCUAACACGGAGAGGGCACCAAACAUUAG